AUGGUUCGACCAUCAUUGACCUUCUCACCGGAGAUUAUGAGGAAAGGGCGAUGGAAAACCGAGAGACAUCUUUUUCUUUUCGACCAUCUGUUGGUGCUCUGUAAGAAGCAUAAACAGUACAAGUUCAAAGAGCGCAUUACGGUAAACCUUAUGGACAUUGUUGAUAUGGAGGACAGCGAAGUGUUGCCACAUUCAUUUCGGUUGGAAUCUCGUGAGAGACCAGACUUGACGCGGUCAUUUGUAAUGAUUUGUAAAUCAGCAGAGGAGAAAAUGGACUGGAUGUCAGCUUUGGUAACGGUGAAUACGAGAAGGUAUUUACAUGACUUGCUUAUUUCCUUUUUACUCGAUCGUAUCCUCGACGGCUAUGAAAAAGAGGAGGCCAAACGUAUCCCUUUAGUAACGCCAGGACCUGAUCAGUACAGGUUUGCUGAGCCUGACUCAGAAGAAAACAUUUCGUUUGAAGACUACACAUCGAGUAGUGGAAUUCCCGUUGUGAAGAAUGGAACGGUGCUCAAACUUGUGGAACGAUUGACUUACCAUCAGUACACCGAUAACAAAUAUGUGCAAACAUUUUUGAUUUCGUAUCGGUCAUUUUGCACUCCAAGUGAACUUCUGGAUAUGCUAAUCGAAAGAUUCAAUGUCCCAAUUCCCAACAAGCUGCUGCAAAACCAGGAAAUGAGAGGUGGACCCCUGGCUGGUCGUUACGAUACUGUACAAUCACAUGGUCUCUCUGGUCCGAUGAUGUUCUCCCCAUAUAGUGAGCAAAGCUACCAGCGAUUUCGUAAGGAGUAUGAACGACCGAUACAGAGAAGGGUUUUGAGCGUCUUGCACCAAUGGGUCAAAAAUCACUGGUACGACUUCGAGAAUGAUCCCACGCUUCUGGAAUGCCUCGAACGCUUCCUGCAAACGUCUUGUGAUCAGAAGCUCACGAAUCAGCACAAGAAGUUCUGCAAAAAUAUCAUUACUCUCAUAGAAAAGAAGCAGAAGCAACAGGACUCUGAA